GAGUCGCAAAGCGGUGCACGCGGGUCACAGCCGUGCGCGUGACUGUGGCGCAUCUGUAGAGGGUCUGCUGUCAGAAACGGCUCAGUGGGCAGAUGUAGGAGCGCGGAGCCACAACCCAGCAGAUCGUGAGCGGAACCGGAGACGAACGGACACAGAGCGGAACCGCGCGUACAUGAGCCCGUCCCUGGUCCUCAAGCCACGCUGGCCCACGGAGAGCGUCAUGUUCGUGUACGACAACAGCCUGGAGGACGUGAGCAGGAGCGUGGAGGGGCUGGUGGGCGGCGGGAACUUCGCGGCGGGGCAGUGCCGCAGCAUCAUGGCGCACUCCGCGGCCGCGCUGGGCGGGCACGCGUCCGGCCUGGUGCACCCGUCGGCCGGCUUCUCCACCGUGGACGUCCCCGUUUCCAGCUCCGGUGACUCGGCCGCGUCCUCGGGGAAGCAGUGCACGGCGGGGGCGUGCACCAUCCCGCAGCAGAGCCCGUCCGCGGCCGCGCUGCCCUACACCUACUUCAGCAACGGCUACUACCCCUGCAGGAUGGCGCGCGCCUCGCUCAAGUCGUGCACGCAGGCGGCCGGGGCCGCGCUCAGCCAGCAGUACAUGGACACGAGCGGGAGCCCGGACGAGUACCCGACCCCGUCCCGGGCCAAGGAGCUGGCCUUCUACCACGGCUACCCGGGGCCCUACCAGUCCAUGGCCAGCUACCUGGACGUGUCCGUGGUGCAGACGCUGGGCGGCGCGGAGCCGCGCCACGACACGCUCCUCCCCGUGGACGGGUACCAGCCCUGGGCGCUCACCAACGGCUGGGGGGGCCAGAUGUACUGCUCCAAGGAGCAGGCCCAGGCCGGACACCUCUGGAAGUCAGCGCUGGCAGACGCCGUGGCCCACCAGCACGACGGCUCCCCGUUCCGCCGCGGGCGGAAGAAGCGGAUCCCGUACACCAAGCUGCAGCUGAAGGAGCUGGAGAAGGAGUACGGGGCCAACAAGUUCAUCACCAAGGACAAGCGGAGGAAGAUCUCGGCCGUGACCAGCCUGUCGGAGCGCCAGAUCACCAUCUGGUUCCAGAACCGGCGCGUCAAGGAGAAGAAGUUCGUGACCAAAGUGAAGACUAGCGCGCCCUGACGCGCGGGCCCGCGCUCCCUGGACGAGCCUACGCACGAACUCCGCGUGUCACAGCUGCAAUAAAUCAAGAUGGAAGAGCAAAAUAUGGAGAACUGUGCUGUGCGUCUGUCUGCGCAGUCGAGGAGGAGAAGAGAACAGACUGAGGAAGUGAACCAAAGUGGUGGGGAGCCCCGUGUAAAUACCCCCCCAUCCCCGUCCCCGUCCUGCCUGCCUCGUAUGUGUGUUAGUCCUGUUAGUUCGCACUUAUAUCUCCUGGUGUUUCUGUCU